AUGUCACCAAUCAGGUCCAUGGAAGGAGAAAGAAAUCACACUUCUGUGGCCAUGUUUGUUCUCCUGGGACUGUCAGAUGAAAAGGAGUUGCAGCUUAUCCUCUUCCCAAUCUUUCUGGGGAUCUACCUUCUCACCCUAGUCUGGAACGUGGGUCUCAUCAUCCUAAUCAGGAUGGACUCCCACCUGCACACACCCAUGUACUUUUUUCUUGGUUUCCUGUCAUUUAUAGACAUCUGCUAUUCUUCUUCCACCAGCCCAAGGAUGAUUUCAGACUUCUUAAGAGAUAAAAAAAUGAUUUCCUUCAUUGCUUGUGCUACCCAGUACUUUGUUGGGUCCUGGAUGGCUCAGGCUGAGUGCUGCCUCUUGGCCGCCAUGGCCUAUGACAGAUAUGUUGCUAUUGGUAGGCCUCUGCAGUACUCAGCCGUCAUGGGUCCUGGCCUCUGUCAGAAGAUGGUUGCUGGGGCCUAUGUGAGUGCUUUUAUUGGUAGCUUAGUUCAAACUGUCCCUUGCUUUCAUCUCUACUACUGUGGGCCCAAUACCAUUCACCAUUUCUACUGUGACAUAUCCCAUAUCAUUUCCUUAUCUUGCUCCAAUCCCUUCAUCAGCCAAAUGAUUCUUUUUCUGGUAGCUUUUUUUAUUGGGUUCGGUUCUUUUCUUGUUAUCCUCUUAUCCUAUGGUUUCAUUGUAGCUGCCAUCCUGAAAAUAUCCUCUGUCAAAUGUAGUGCCAAGGCCCUCAAUACCUGUGCCUCCCACCUGGCAGUUGUGACAAUAUUUUAUGGCACAGGCCUCUCAGUGUACCUGCAUCCUAGCUCUAGCCACUCCAAGAAGCAGGACAAGGUCCUGGCAGUGUUCUAUGUUAUCUUUAUCCCCAUGUUAAACCCUCUUAUCUACAGUCUGAGGAACAAGGAGAUCAGAGAGGCCCUCAAGAGGGUAGUAAAGAGGCUAACACACUUACCUCAGUAUGAAUAA